CUUUUGUGAGCGCACGACCAUCUUCCGACUCUUCCUUCCUUCUCCAACAUCUCUCACUGCAUCUAAAACAAAACAGCAUCAUUUAAUCAUGUCGGCUGAGCAGCUCAAAGCCGAGGCCAACAAGGCCUUCUCCGCCAAGGACUACCCCAAUGCCACAAAGCUCUACUCCCAGGCCAUUGAGCUUGACCCCACAAACCACGUCCUCUUCUCCAACCGCUCGGCAUCCAAGGCCGGCGCCAAGGACUACAAGGGCGCUCUCGAGGACGCUGACAAGACCAUCGAGCUCAACCCCGCCUUCGCCAAGGGCUACGCGCGCAAGGGCGCCGCCCUCCAUGGCCUGCGCGAGUACCCCGACGCGGUGAUGGCGUACGAGGCUGGUCUGCAGAAGGAGCCCGACAACGCCAUCCUCAAGAAGGGUCUCGACGAGGUCAAGAACGCCAUGGACAGAGAUGCUUUCAGCGGACCUGGCGGUGACAUGGGCCUCGGCAAGCUCUUCUCGGACCCCAACCUCGUCUCCAAGCUCCAGAACAACCCCAAGACUGCCGAGUUCAUGAAGGACCCCGCGUUCGCUUCCAAGAUUGCCGCCCUCCAGACCAGCGGCGGCCAGCCCGACGUCCAGUCGCUCUUUGGCGACACGAGAAUGCUCACGGUCCUCGGCGUGCUCAUGGGCGUCGACAUUGACGCCAUGGAGAGGCCCGAGGGAUCGGACGCCACCCCUCCCGGAUUCCAGCAGCAGCCUCCCCAGGCCUCGUCGUCGUCGUCGGCUCCUCCCAGGGCCGCCUCGCCCAAGAAGGCCUCGCCGCCCCCACCAGCUCCCAAGGACGAGCCCAUGGACGUCGAGCCCAGCCCGGAUGCCGAGGCCAAGAAGGAGGCCGACGAGCUCAAGGUCAAGGGCAAUGCCGCGUACAAGGCGCGCAAGUUUGACGAGGCCAUCGACUUGUACAGCAAGGCUUGGGAGACGUACCCCAAGGACGUUGCCUACCUCUCCAACUUGAGCGCCGUCUACUUUGAGAAGGGUGACUACCAGAAGGCUAUCGAGACUGCCGAGAAGGCUGUCGAGGAGGGCCGCGAGCUCCGUGCCGACUACAAGGUCAUUGCCAGGGCAUACGGCCGUAUCGGCACCUCGUACACCAAGCUCAACGACCUGGACAACGCCAUCAAGUUCUACCAGAAGUCGUUGACCGAGCACCGCACCCCCGACAUUCUCGCCAAGCUGCGUGAGGUUGAGAAGGCCAAGGCCGAGUCUGCUCGCCUUGCCUACCUUGACCCCGCCAAGGCCGAUGAGGCGCGCGAGGAGGGCAACGCCGCUUUCAAGGCCGGCAACUUUGCCGACGCCGUCAAGGCCUACUCCGAGGCCAUCAAGCGUGGCCCCACCGACCCCCGCUCGUACACGAACCGUGCCGCCGCUUACACCAAGCUGCUGGCUCUUCCCGAGGCGCUCAAGGACGCCAACGAGGCCAUCAAGCAGGACCCUACUUUCAUCAAGGCGUACAUCCGCAAGGCUCUCGUCCAGCAGGGCAUGAAGGACCACACUGCCGCCCUCGAGACCCUCCAGAAGGCUGCCGAGGCCGACAAGGACCACAAGCACACCAACGAGCUGCAGAGCAACAUGGCCAAGGUUAUGGGCGAGCUGCAGACCCAGCGCUCGACCGAGACGGACGAGCAGACGUACGAGCGUGCCAUGCGCGACCCCGAAGUGCAGCAGAUCAUGUCGGACCCCAUCAUGCGCCAGAUUCUCUCGGACGCGCAGCAGAACCCCGCUGCGCUCCAGGACCACAUGAAGAACCCUUCAGUGGCUGCCAAGAUUCAGAAGCUUAUCAACGCUGGUAUCAUUCGUACCAGGUAAUGUAGUUAGAUUGUGCAUGGAUUAUGUAUAGCAUUAGGUUUGGG